UAAAGGUCACUGCGCGGCGGCGGGUCUGGCUGGCGGCGGCGGCGGGCGGGAGCUGAGUGCCCUGAGUGCACGUGUGAAGAAGUGGCGGCACCAGCGCGGCUGCUGGAGACACCCCCGCCCCCUUCGAAGACUCAGGGCCGCCCUCGACUUUCGCGGCCUCGGUUACCCCUUUAGCUCUGUGCCCUAGGCGAGGAGGCCGGCUUGUGGGGUUGAGUGGCCCGAGCUGAGGGCGCCGAGAGCUCGGGGCGGCGAGGACGACGGCGUUGAUAGCGGUGGUAACGACGGCCUCAGCAGGCGGGGAAGAUGAAAGGUAGCCGGAUCGAGUUGGGAGAUGUAACACCACACAAUAUUAAACAGUUGAAGAGAUUGAACCAGGUCAUUUUUCCAGUCAGCUACAAUGACAAGUUCUACAAGGAUGUUCUGGAGGUUGGCGAGCUAGCAAAACUUGCCUAUUUCAAUGAUAUUGCUGUAGGUGCAGUAUGCUGCAGGGUGGAUCAUUCACAGAAUCAGAAGAGACUUUACAUCAUGACACUAGGAUGUCUUGCACCUUACAGAAGGCUAGGAAUAGGAACUAAAAUGUUAAAUCACGUCCUAAACAUCUGUGAAAAAGAUGGCACUUUUGACAACAUCUAUCUGUAAGUAAAAUAAUAUUUAAUGUUC